AUGGCGUCGGAGCCACCGCAGCGCAUCGUACCUGCGCUGAAUCCGCAGCGCCGUGUGCCAAGAUCAGCACCUACACGUACGGUACCGAGCAGCGCCCACGAGGCUCGUGGAGCCGCGCAGCGCGAGCACUCGCGAAGGAGCUCGCAUAUUCAUGCACGGAAUCUAUCGGCCUUCUUUCCGCGGCCAGGCACAGACGCAGCGCGUGAAUAUGAAGCAUUCCGGUCUCAACAGCCACAGAUUUUACCCAAGAUAGUGACGCAGGAUGCAGAGCCUGCGUCCCCCGAUACCGUGUCACCGGUCAAGCGCCGUGAUCAGCGACGCAGCGAGCGUCGCGCGAGUCAUAUUCUGUCGCCGUCCAUGCAGCUUGAUCCGACUCAGCUCAUUUCGCCCGAUCCUAUGCGAGCGUCAUCUGCUGCAUGGACGUCUAUGCCUAGCCGUGCCGUCUCGGAAUCCUUUGUCACGCCUGAAGAACCACUCGAUACACUUCAGCCCCUGCCGUGCGGUAUGUACUCGCUGGUAGCGUUCAGUACGGUGCACUUUGGCUUGGGCGCUACGCUAUGGGUGAUGGGCCAGCUGCGCGACUCACUUGCUCUCACAGGCUUUGGCUUCCUGGUCGUGUUUGAUACGCUGGGACUCGUGAAUGCCAUAUGCAAAUACCGCACCAAGUCCGCAGCCACCGAGCCCUUGCGGCGCCCUUUUGGCAUGCACCGCUUCGAGUCACUGUUAGACUUUACGCUCGUUUUGUACCUCUUCUUUGCUGGCAUGUAUAUGUGCAAGGAGAAUGCUGAACACGCUUUACUCGCGUCGAGCGCACCACAUGAAGAGGACCGAGCGGGUCUCGUUCUGCCGCUAGGCGUGUUAGUCCUGGCGCUUGGCAUGUGCUUCGGAACCAAUGUUGUGCUUCGGAAUCACGAGCGGCUCGGCAUGGCUUGUGGCAUGGGCCUGGACGGAUGGCACGAAAGCCUGGAUGGACGUCCGCGCCGUCCAUCGCAUACACGCCAUAUGUCCGUCUUGGUUCGUCCAGUGAUGGCGGCACAGCCCUUGUACCAUGCAUUUUUGAACCCGUUUGCGGGCUUGAUUCUGUUUUUUGCCAUGGUGCUGGUCGCAUCGGCCGUCGUCCUGCCGCCUACCCAGGCAGCAUCGUUUGAUAAGCUGCUGGCCGGUCUCGAGGGCGUAUCGAUGAUGUACGUGAGCCUCACGGCCCUUCGUCCGCUGUGCAAGCUUCUUCUGCAAGCAGCGCCACCACCGAAUGACGCUCAGCUGAUGCAGGUUCAGCGAGCGCUCAGCAAGGUCGAGUCACACCCUGCCGUCGUUGGGAUACCACAUGUACAGACAUGGCAGCUGACGCUUCCAUCGCUGGGCUAUACCAAGUCGGGCAUCGGUACAGACGGCCAGCGUGGAUUGGCUCAUGUGCUAUCAAUGCACCGGACUAUCAAGUCACCUCCUCUCGUGGUGACCGUGCACAUCAAAAUCAAGCCGGAUGCUACGGCUCAAGAAUAUGAAGACGUGUCGCGCGUGGCCUGGCUCCAUGGGUCCCUUGCCUUGAAUGUAUCGCCAGCAUGCCAAGUGGGCGAUGCCGUGCGGGGCAGUCAGUGUGUGGGCGAUCUGACCGUCCAAGUUACGCGUGAGGGACAAGACGCAGGCCACCAUCACCACCACCAUGACUGCCAUCACCACGGUCACCACCAUCACGAUCAUGGCCACCACCACAGCCACCAUCACGGCCACCAUCACGAUCACCGCCAUGGUCACCAUGUGUGUCAAUCAUAG